CCUCCCACCGGUUGUCGUAAAAGGGUGAAUGGAGAGCGAGUUGUGGGGGGUAGAAAGGGAGGACAGGGGGCGCGGAGUCAGAGUGGCGCAGCAAGUGGCUGCAGGUGGCGACGGUGGCGGGGGGUGGGGAGUGAGGUAGUCCAGGGGUCGCGGAGAAGAAGGCUGAGCGGGUCAAAAGAAAAACUAAAGCUGCAGUCUGGCCUACUGGUCCGGGGGCCGCGGAGCCCCCACCCGGGGAGAUGGACCUCAACCGGAUCAUCCAGGCGCUGAAGGGCACCAUCGACCCGAAGCUGCGGAUUGCAGCUGAGAAUGAGCUCAACCAGUCCUACAAGAUUAUCAAUUUUGCCCCCAGUUUACUUCGGAUCAUAGUCUCUGAUCAUGUGGAAUUCCCAGUACGCCAGGCAGCUGCCAUUUACUUGAAGAACAUGGUGACACAGUACUGGCCUGACCGAGAACCUCCACCAGGAGAAGCAGUAUUUCCAUUCAACAUUCAUGAAAAUGAUCGCCAGCAAAUACGUGAUAACAUUGUGGAAGGAAUAAUUCGGUCUCCAGAUUUAGUGAGAGUCCAGUUAACAAUGUGUCUUCGUGCCAUCAUUAAAUACGAUUUCCCUGGUCACUGGCCAGCGGUAGUCGACAAGAUAGACUAUUACUUGCAAUCACAGAGCAGUGGAAGCUGGCUUGGCAGUUUAUUAUGUCUGUAUCAACUGGUGAAGACAUAUGAAUACAAGAAAGCAGAGGAAAGAGAGCCUCUUAUAGCAGCAAUGCAAAUAUUUCUGCCUCGUAUUCAGCAACAAAUCAUGCAGCUCCUUCCUGAUUCCUCACAUUAUUCUGUUUUACUACAAAAGCAGAUUCUGAAAAUCUUCUAUGCACUUGUUCAGUAUGCAUUGCCUCUUCAACUGGUGAAUAACCAAACCAUGACGGCGUGGAUGGAGAUCUUUCGAACUAUUAUUGACAGGACGGUUCCUCCUGAGACUCUGCAGAUUGAUGAGGAUGAUAGACCGGAAUUAGUCUGGUGGAAGUGUAAGAAAUGGGCACUGCAUAUCGUAGCUCGUCUCUUCGAACGAUAUGGAAGCCCAGGAAAUGUCACAAAAGAUUACUUCGAGUUUUCUGAAUUCUUUUUGAAAACCUAUGCGGUGGGAAUUCAGCAGGUACUACUAAAAAUUUUAGACCAAUAUAGACAGAAAGAGUAUGUAGCCCCCCGCGUUCUUCAGCAAGCAUUCAACUAUCUUAAUCAAGGGAUUGUUCAUUCUGUCACCUGGAAGCAGAUGAAGCCACACAUACAGAACAUCUCUGAAGAUGUCAUUUUUUCUGUGAUGUGUUAUAAAGAUGAGGAUGAAGAGCUGUGGCAAGAAGAUCCAUACGAGUACAUAAGAAUGAAAUUUGGUAAUCGAGAUGAUUUUAUUCCUCAUCAGUUCCUGGAUAGGUAGAAUAGUAUAACUAAA